UUUCUACCGCAUAGCUGCGUCCCUUAGCUUGUAUGAAUGUAGUUAGAAUGUAGGCCAGGCCCCGAGGGCCGUCUUCUAAGCUGGAUUUUAGUACGAAUUCUUGCUGAAUGAGAAAACGAAAGAGCGAACUUCCAUUUCUUCGUAGAAACGCCAAAUAUAAUGCUAAAUUUAAAUUUUAUUGAUAACAAAAUAAUAUUUUUCUGGAGCUGAAUCUACGUUUUAAACGGUGUCUCGAACGUAAUAGCAGUCAAUAUACGAUUCAACUGACAAGGGCGACAAGGCUGUCAAUGUCCAUCUGUCAUAAUUUCAUGUUUUGAGGUUAUGCGAUAUUGCUAAACAGGCUAAGAAUAUUGUUGCGAAAACUAAAAUAAAUUGAUAGACUUGCUGAUUCGGGCGAUAUUACUACAACUUCUUAAGAAAAUACGCAAUGAAAAAUUAAAUGAGUAAUGGAGGAUUUAACACAGAAAUUACUUCAGGCAAAAACACUUACUAAUGCAUUGAUACAGGCAAUGUUUAUAUCUGCAAAGAAACUUCAGUCAGUAGAACAGAACAGUGAAACAUGGGAUAAAAUAACACAAGUUCUUUGGCUUCAACUACAAUCAGGGCUUCUCAAGUUAGAUGACCAGUUACUUUGUUCAACAUGUUUAUACACUAUCAUUCCUUUAACUGGAAAAGAGGAGUUCUAUUUAAAACAAGUAUUACAAGGCAUUGAUCAUGAAAUUAACCAGAGGAAAAAUGAUGUGAUGAUAAAUCCCAAGACAACAUGGACAGUGUCCUUGAUGUAUGGAAUGUUUCAAUCUAACUUUCUGACUAGAUCCAGUAAGGCAAAUACGACUUUAGAGGUUCUUCUGAAUUCUAUUAUUGAUUUGCUCAUUCAGAUGGCAUAUGAUUACUCAAGGAACACUUAUAUUGUUUUCAAAACAAUAAGCUCUUUCAAGAAAGUAUGUGGGACACAACUUCAAGAAUGCAUAUUUACACAAGGUAAUCAAGUAAGAUUGUUAAAUUUAGUAAAUCAUAAUUGGGAAAAUCCUAUCACAGGGGUAAGAGAUCUAAAUAAAACCAUAUUUCAGGCACUGAUAUCUCUAAUGGAUGGUACAACAUACCAAAAUAUUGUUAAAGAAAUUAAUAGGUUUUAUUGGAAUAAAGCCAAGUAUUUAAUGCUCGCAGAAAUGAUAGGACAAUGUAAAGGGAAUAUCUCAAUUUUUUUUAAAGAAAGUGAUUGGCUAACUGGCUUAUCAAGCAGCUUAGAAAAACCAGGUUUAGUUUCAGCAGGAACUGAUAUGUAUUUUGCACUUUUGAAGAACUUGGCCACUGAAGAUGACUGGGUCCAAAUGUUCCUGCCAACAGUUGAUAGUAUUUUAAAUGGGGAAAGUACAAAGGCAAUUGAACAUUUUAACAACUACUGGUGUUUACAAACCUUCAAGAAGUUUCCGUCUUUAGUAAAGCAGUUUGAAGUUAUAUUUGAAAAUACUGAAGAGCUGGAAAGAAAACUGUAUAACAGCUUGUCUAUUUUUAAACAGGCAAAUAAGCUUGGGCUUGUUCAGAAGAAUUGGAACUCAACAAAAGAUUACAGUUUAGAAUUAAUGGUGGUGCAAGGAAUAGAACACACCAAUGUGGAUAUAAGGAUGGCUGCAUUUGAUAUCCUUUGUGAAUUUCAAGGUAAAACUAUACCUAUUCAAUUAGAAUUCGAGCUUGUAUUAAAUUAUGUAAAAAAUAAUAUAAAUUCUGACUGUACUGUGCUGAGACUUGGAAUGUUGAAGUGCCUUAAAAACUUCUUGAUGCAAACUCAUGCUGCUUUCACCACACACUGUAAAAAUAAUGAGCAUGUGGACUAUCAAUAUCUUAAAAAAUUCUUGAUAGCCUUGCAGGAACUUGUUGUUUCUAAUUUAAAUGUAAAGGGCAAUUAUCAAAGAAAUAUUACAUCUGUAAAGGUAUGCAGUAUUGUGUGGGAGUGCUUGAUCGACAUACCAAAAAACAAAAAGAAUCAAACUAGACACAGUGACACAACUUUGUAUAAAAUGUUACUUGAUGACAGGAAAUGGUUGCUAUCAGAAGAAGCAUUUGUUAAAAAGUUAAUAAGCUUGCUACAGGAUCCAUCAGACGAUAUAAGAGAAAAUGUAGUUAAUCUACUUUUAAAUUAUUACUCGUCUGCCUUUAAGAAAACGAACUUAAUGAUAAAUCAUGUAAUAGAUGAAGCAUUGAAAAGUAUUGGAGGUAAAUUUUUCUAUGAAAUCAGUUGUGGUCAAAGUAUGUUUAAAUUGAUUAUUAGUAUUCUGUUAAAGGAAAAACUUGAUCUAGCCAGAUUUCAAACUGUUGAAGAUGUUUUUACUUUUGCAUUUAAUGAGCUGACAAAUGAAAACGAAUUAAACAGGGAUAUUUUAGAGUCGAUUGAAAACGGAAAACAGUUGCAUUCCUUCAUGGAUAUAAUGCUAGUUGUGUUAGAUGUCUGUGACCAGAAGUCUUAUAAUAUUCAAAUAUCCGAUGAAGAAAUAAUAAGGCUUCUUAAAACAUUGGACAACAUAUCUAAUCAUUUUGCCUGGGAGGAAAAUUCGUCAAGUUCAGAUUUUUCUAAAAUGAAUGAUAUGGUGGAGCAGAUCAUUAAUAAAUCGGGGUUCUCGUCUAAAGCCGACAAAGAUAACACGAAGAUAUCUGGUAUUCAUCAAAUGGUCCUCAAUUCUAUUUGGCUAAAUGUAAAGGCAUGCUGUGAUUUGGCAUCGCUUAUGAUUCGGCACUGUGAUCAAGUACAGUAUAUAGAAAAAUUCCUGCUCAUAAUAACACGCGUUUUGGAAAGUUCACGACAUAAAGGAGCUAUUGAAGCUGCGGGCGCCGCUCUUGGUCAAGCUAUUCAAUAUUUGACAUCCCUCCCUGAUGAAGUGGACAUUUCUAGCAUACCGCAUGUGUUGCUCAAAAACAAGCUUAAGGAGUUAAUAACCGAAGCCAGUAAAAUGGCAUCUAUAACCAGACGAGGUGCUGGAUUAUCUAUUAUGGUCCACAGAAUAGUAUCUAGUGACAUGAAAAAGGGAAAGCCUUUAUUUCAUUACUUUAUGAACAUGAUAUUGGAAACCUGCAGUCACUCCGAAGACCUACCUGAGAAAUUACACGGGAAUACAGAUAUUGAAAACGAAAAGGAUCUACCAAAAGCCAUCUACAUUCACUUUCUGACAAGAAUAGUUGUAGAUAGCAGUAUAGCUUCCGAUGUUAUGUACUACUCUCCACAAUUGGCCAAACUUGCAUUUGAUAAUUUGACGAGUCCCCAUUGGCAAAUAAGAAAUGCUGCUCUCCAACUCUAUGGUGCUUUAGUUCCAAAACUAAUAGGCCAGAAAAAAGCAUCUGGGACAGGAGAUGAGAACAUAGCUACAGUAGCUUGUGAUGAAAUACGCACGCAUUCCCCGAAAUUAUGGCUGUACAUUAAUCAUCAACUAAGAAACAUCAGUACAUCUGAUAAAGUACUGGCACAUUCCAAUUUAGUGCCCAUACUGAAUAUGUUGGCGAAUAGUGCUAUAAGGUACAAUUUUUCCUCUGACACAACGGAGGAAACGUCAUCUCAUUUAAAUUUGUUACAAAGUUUAAUUUGUCUUCUGGAUAGCCCCAUCUACACUGUAAGACGUCUUACUGCCAAAUCCAUAUUUAACAUUUUCUCAUUUGAUGUAAUUUAUAAGUCAUUGAUGAAACAUGGACUGGUAUCAGAAAACUUUUUGCAUGGAGUGCUCAUAUUGUUGGCACAUUGCUAUAAACAUAAUAAAGAGACAAAAGCUCAGUUCCAACUGAUAAAGCAAGUUAUUCAGAGUCAACUUUACAAAGGCAGACAUUCCUAUGUGUGUAAGGAACUGUAUGAAGAUAUUUUUGAAUUUGAUGUGAGUGUUGACACAUUACUGGACACUAUGACAGAAUUAGAUACAUAUGGUUUUGCACCCGGAAUUCACUCUUGGGCAAAUGCGCGAGCAAGAAAAUGUGUUAAAAAUAUUUCUUGGUAUGAAAUAUCACAUGUGAUAGAAAUAUUUACAAACAGAACUGGAUUUGAGAACUGUUGUAAAGAUCUGCUAGACAAAAUAAAAUGUGAGUUUGUAGAAAUUCCUAACGAUGUGUUAACAAAUAUUGCAGAAUUGCUAUUGGCAUGUAACAAUAAAUUUAGCAGCAGCGAAAUAUGGAAAAUUCUCUACAAGAUAUCUCAAUUAGUAGAUAUAAAUUGUUUUACUGGACCUUUACUGCACGCAAUACAAACAAAUGGUCAUAUAUAUAAAUUGCGCUACUUACUGCCAUUUACUGUACGGAUUUUGUUAGGUAAAAAUGAUGCAAAAAGUGUUGUAUAUUUGUCAAAAGAAGUUUUAAAAUUAUGCGACCCUGAGUCUGUUGAUGUAGAAAUGAGAUACAUUGCAGCAUUAGCAAAUAACGAAUUAUCAAGUUCAUUCCAUAGUUUAUCAGAUGCUGUAAAAGUUACCAUGAUCGAGUCCGCUAUUAUACUUUUACAAGAUGAAGAUGAGGAUGUAAGGAUACUGAGCACCACUUUCUAUAAAAAUAUUAGCCAAUCAAAAAUACUACCUCAUCCAUACCUAUGUUUGCAAAAAUUAAUGGAGCCUAAACUUCUGAAUAGAGUUUUAUCAAAUCCUCAAAGAGGAAUAAACACAAUUGUUCAAGAUUUAACAGCACUUCUAACUAAAACUAAUAAUGUAAAUGCAAGUGACAGCUACAAUCCUUUUGCUAAUGAUUCUAAGAACAUCUAUUUAGAAGUAGAGAUCUUGCAACAACUAGUAAACAAUUUGAAUGUAUCGCAAUAACUUAAUAUUUUGGUCCAAAAUAAAUUAUUUUGAUGGGUUUGAA